AAAACAGCUGUUGUUGGAGAAAAAACACCUAAAGUGAGUUUCAUGGACGGCUUCGCGUCUCCAUCUCCUCCCCGUGGUCAGUGCGGGAGCCGGGCUCGAGUGAAGCCGCCCGCUCGGUGGGUCUGGCCGCUGUUUUCGCGGAGUUGAACCGCGAGUCUCGGUUCGCUCAUUUGUUGCGAGUUGGCUCGCUGCUGCUAGCUUUAGCUUCCCCUUCACUGUGCACUGCUCGGCUAGCGCGUUAGCUUUUCACGGGCUAGUUUAACUACCCCCAGUUUCUGUCCGUGUGCGGAGCCGCUACCGACGCCAGCCCCGUGUGCCGAGCCGGAGGAGCAGCGGGAGCCUCCACACACAGGGUGGAUGAAAUGCCGGCCCCAAAGAGAGGACCAGAUCCUCAUGAACCGCAGCCCAAGAUGAGGAAGUUGGAUGAAGCUGGGGAGGCUCUCCAAUCCAAAGCUGAACCAGUCACCAUUAAUAGAGCUCUUAAAACGGGAAAUACGCUAGAAAAGUCAGCAGCCCCUCGGACUUGGAAAAAACUGUCUACUUCAGAGGAGGAACAGAGCUCCCCUCCGAAGGAUCCCAACAAAACGAUUUCUGACCCGCCUGUCAAAAAAGCCAAGCUCCUGAACACCACAAGUGCCUCCUGCGGAGAAUCUCCCUCGCAGGUCCCCAAAGCCUCCCUGAAACGAACAGCGUCCACAGACUCAGACGAGGAGCGGAGAAGCGAUGGCAGUAAGGUCGACCUCUUUAGAGAGAGGGACGACGAGGACAAGGACCGCUGCGUCAAACAAUACUCAAACCAAGUCAAAGCGAAGCGCAAGGCUGAGGAGACGUCUGCUGACCCACAGGAAACAUGCCAGGACUUAGAAUCUGUACCUAAAGUGCUUAUACAGAUGGACCACAGUUACGGUAGAUACUCAGAUUUGCCAAAUACUCAAAGCACGGCUGAAGAUAAUCAGAAUGCGACAAAAGAACCUGCAGAGGCUGCUGUUGAACCCGAGAGACAAGUGCAGUUGGAUAAUGCGGCACAAGCAGAGUCCAAGGAAACUUUGGUCUCUGUAUCAGGUAAUGCUAAUCUUAGUAUCAAAUUUGACUGUGCAGUUGAAGGAAGUAAACAUGAGGAAUUAAAAAGUGAAGAAAUCCAAAAGCUCACAGAUAAGGAAACACUACCAUCAUCUAGAGAAGCAUUGGACUCUGUUACUCAAGCUGCAUCUUGCAUUACGUCUGUGGCAGAGGAGAAAGAGAUAAAGGUUGUUGUUGAGUCCACUGAAAGUAAAAAGGAUGGAGAUGAUGAACUAGUAGCACUGUCAGCGGAAACACCUUUUUCUGUUACUGGAGAGAUGAAUCCAAGCUGUGAAAGUGAAGACCAGGCCGAUGAAAAGACAGACUCGGCUUGCAGAUCAGAAAGUCUUACAGAUGUGAGCAGUGAAACUGAAACAAAGAAGACCCCCGAGAUAGUUUCUGAAGGACUGAAUAUCAGAUCUAAAAUGGAGGAAGGUGAGCAUGACAUGAAGGAAGUGAUUGAAGCAGCCAGCGUCUCCGCAGAGCAAAGAGAUGUGGAUUCAAAAAACUCAAACUCUGCACCAGAAGAGAUCCUGGUGGGAAAUAAUAAUCCAGAGAGUCAAACAGAUCUCAGUGUCAAAAUUCAAGUUACUUUUAAUGAGGAAUCGAAGUCUGUUCACCUGCCGGACCGAGUGCCAGAUAAAAUGACCAAUUCUUGUGAUGGUGUUGACAAAGUUGUGAGAAAGUCGGACGACAAGCUUAAAGAAAGUGAAAGGAAAGUAACUGAACUCCCGUCGACUCAGUCUAUUGAUGGUCCUGGGUCUUUUGUUGAGGUACAGCUGAGCCAUGACGUGACAGACAGGAUGAUUGACAGCUGUACAGAAAUAUUGACACCUGAUUGUGAGGCGGCGCAUGAGCAAAAACAAAGAGAAGUGUUCACUGAUGCUGUCACAGUCCCAGAAGGUCAGACAGACACAGACAUGCAGACUAAAAUAACAUCAGAGGGGGCGUCUGACUCAGCUCUGAGAGUGGCUACACAAAACCAGGAGAACCACAACGUUAAUGACCAGGCUACAGAAAUACCUGCUGAAGUGAAGGACCUUACCAGUAUGGAAAAAGGAAAGGAGAUGAACUUUGAGCAUGCCCCAGCACUUCAGUGUCAAAUCAAAAUGGAUUUAUCGGCUUCGGUGACAUCAGAGCCAGAAAUUUGUAAUCCAGUGAAAACAAUGGAAGUACAAAGCCAACAAGUGGAAAUACAAAAUCAGGAAAAGCAAAAGAGCAACAAAUUAAUUUCAGAGGCUCGUGGAGAUAUAAUGACUGAAAAUUUGGCAAGUGAAGACGACAAGUGCUCUGCUAGUACACCUGAGAGUCAAAACAGAAAGGGAAUGCAAUCUGUAAGAACAUCAGAGAUUUCUAUCCCAGCGUCGUCACUGGAGGUGAAAAGGCAGGAGAGCCCAGGGGUGAGUGAACGCACCACAGACAUGUCUGAUAAUGUACAUUCACAUCCAGUUUCAAAUAGUCAGUGCUCAGCGGAUAACGACAGGGUUAAUGCUGAAUGUGUCGCUGCAACAGAGAAUCAAACAGAAGUGCACAGUCAGACAGAGGAGCUUUCUAACCCAGCAUCUACAUUGCAAAUACAAAACCAGCCAAGUCAGGAGGUCAGUGAACACACCACAGUAUUGAAUCAGGAAUUUCACGAGAAGCAAAAAGUACAAACUUCUCCUCAAAAUGAAAACCAAGCAAACUUUCCACCCGCGGCUGCAUCAGAGAGUCAAGUUGAUAUUGAAAUGCAGACGACAUCAGAGACUUCUGACUCAGCCCCUUCACUUGAAAUACCAAAAAUUAUUUCAACAUCGGAGGAGAAAUCUAACACCUCACCUGCAGUGGAAAUUAAAAGCCAGGAAGUCAGUGGACAUGCUACAGUUGAAUCUACAGUGAUUCAUGAAAAUCAUAAAAAUGUCACAAAAGAGGAUGACUUCAACUUUAGAUCUGUAGCUGCAUCAGAGAAUCGAAUCAGAACGGAAAUACAGUCGACUUCAACGUCCGAGAUUUCAAACCCAGCCUCCUUAGUUGUAAUAGAAACUCCAAAAAGCCAAAAUGAAGUGCAUAUGGAGACGACUGCAAGAUCAGAGAUUUGUAACACAUCACCUGAAGUAGAAAUUCAAGACCAGAAGAUUCAGGAUGCCAGUGAACAUGGUACUGUCAUAUCUGGAGAACGUGCUACUGAACCGGAGAAUCAAGUCCAAAUGGAAACGCAGGUUUCCUCAACCUCUGAGAUUUUAAUAACAGCACCUAAAGUGGAAACUGAAAAUACAAAAAGCCAAGAAGUGACUGGACCUGCAAGAGACACAUCUGAAAUUCAAGGUCUUAAGAUAAUCAAAAGCAACUGUACUGAAAACCAAAACAAGGUUAUUGAAGCAUAUGUCAGUGCUACUGAGGGUCUGAAAGAAACUGAAAUGCAGCCAACAGCAGCACCAGGGGAGAUAUUUAAUCCAACAACUGCAGCACAGACACAAAACCAGAGAGGUCAGGAGGUCAGUGAACUCGCCAUAGACGCUGUGCUUCAAAAAGGUGCUGCUUGGGCUGAGCAUGACGAAAACAAGGAAGAGACCAUCAACCUGUGUGUUAGUGCUGCUGAGAAUCAAAUGGAAAUGAAUACAGAAACAACCGCAACACCAGAGGAGGUUUCUGAUCCAGGAUCUAUCUACCAGCAGGUCAGUGAAUUAAUCACAGACACGGUCAUUCAGAAAGAGACUGCAAGUUGUUUGAAUAAAGAAAAUGAAGAUAAGAUAUCUUCUAAGUCCAUUAAUGCUCCAGAAAUGCAUACGAAUAUGGAAACGACUGCAGCGCCUGAAGAUAUUUCUGUACCAGCACCUACAGCACAGAGGCAAGACUCUAGGCUGCAGGAAGCCACUGAACACACUGCAGACGAAUCAAACACAAUUCAGGAACCUCAUCCUGUGACUCAUUUGGAAAAUAAAGAGGAGUCUAGUUCUAAAGUAGUUCAAAAACAGAUGGAUGUAAUAAAUGGAUCAAUGGAAUCUGCAGAUUCUGCCUUACAAGAGGAAAUGGGGAAGCAAAUGAUUAAUGAGGCCAAAGGCGAGGCCGCAGUUAUUCAUUGUGAUAAGGCUGACAAAACAGUCUGUCCUAUUGAAGGACAGGGCGAGGGAACUGGAAGCAAUGAAGUAAUCAGUUUUGCUUGUGACCAGCCACAUGACGUUGAUGUUGUAAUUGAAGCAUCAGAAGAGCAGAUGAAGACGUUUAAUCAGCCGGAGGUUCAGACUCAGGAAAACCAGAUCGUGUACGAGCCCAUCAGCAGUCCAGAGAGUAAUGACGAGAGAGAGAUCUCGACAGAGCUAGAGAGGCAUCAUGGUGUUGCUUUACUGGAUGUACAAAAAACAGAGAGCCAGCAGGUCAUAGAAGAGGCGUCGACUAGUGAAGAAAACAAAAUCUGUGACCCACAAGCGGAAGCUGAGGAAAAUGUUACAGAACAUAUGUGCGUAUUUGGCAGCCAAGCAGCAGCAGCGGAGAUGAAUCCAGACGAUGGAUUAGUUGGUAAAGAGGACAUUCUUUUAAAUGGUUCCCAGCAAACCGAUGACAAGAGUUCUGACCCUUACCAGCAGUCAUCAUGUGACCUGAUGGACGUGAAUACCACAGAGACGGAUAUGUCAAACUCUCAUGCUCUACUACGCACUAAUGAAGGCGGUGAUGCUGUGGUAAUAGAGAAUGCUGAUGGUACUUUGGUUCUACAAGAAGUGCAGAUUCUAGAGGAUAUAGAUAUCGGUCGUGAGAUCGUAGUAGCGGAGGAAGACACUGACAUCACAAUAAUACAGGAGGCAGAAAAACCCAAGCAAAAAAUGAAUAUACAAGCCAGGACCAAAGCUCGCCUCACUGCUUUGGCAGAGCAAAAGGCUGCAGCAUCAAAGCUCGCGACAAACACACAGCAGCUCAACCUCUUAGCUCUAUGUCACGAGAUAGCCGAGGACAUCGCCACAGACGGCAUGCUACCGAAGAGGAUUGAGGAGGAAAAACUAGCGGCAACGGCAGCAGCCGUCAGGGCAGAUAUCCGCACGACAGAUGGCCAGUCAGAAGAUGCAGCACAAAACACCGGCUUUUCAGAGUGUAUCAGUGCCUCACAGUUUUCAGACCAGGUGCAGGAGGACGCCGGGUUUGAGGAGGCUGAAGACGUCACGGUGACAACGACAACAGCCGCCACUGAAGCAGAGGUACCGGAUAGCACAUCUGAGGGGUAUGUGAUCUUAGGAUCUGUCGCAGAGAGUCAUAUUCCCUUUGAUAUUGUCACCCAGGCGGUGGCUGAAUCAGGUUUGACCUCCUCGUUCUCAGAGGAGGUGAAUCCAGACGAUGGAUUAGUUGGUAAAGAGGACAUUCUUUUAAAUGGUUCCCAGCAAACCGACGAAAAGAGUUCUGACCCUUCCCAGCAGUCAUCAUGUGACCUGAUGGACGUUCAUACCACAGAGACGGAUAUGUCGCACUCUCAUGCUCUACUACGCACUAAUGAAGGCAGUGAUGCUGUGGUAAUAGAGAAUGCUGAUGGUACUUUGGUUCGACAAGAAGUGCAGAUUCAAGAGGAUAUAGAUAUCGGUCGUGAGAUCGUACUAGUACAGGAGGCAGAAAAACCCAAGAAGCAACAAAUGAAUACACAAGCCAGGACCAAAGCUCGCCUCGCUGCUUUGGCAGAGCAAAAGGCUGCAGCAUCAAAGAGAGCGGCAAACAGACAGCAGCUCAACCUCUUAGCUCUAUGUCACGAGAUAGCCGAGGACAUCGCCACAGACAGCAUGCUACUGAAGAGGAUUGAAGAGGGAAAACUAGCUGCAACGGCAGCAGCCGCCAGGGCAGAAGCCGUCAAGAAGGAAACUCCACCAGUUAAGAUGCAGGACCCAAAUGCAAUUAACGUUGCAACUCCGGCCGUACCAGAAGGAUGCUCAGCUUCAGCGACCCCGGCUGCACAGGCACCUGAAGCUCAGCCCUCCAUACCUGAAUCAGCUGGGGCCAAGCCUGCAGCAGAGCCUCAGAAGAGACGUUUCUUCAUCACGCAAAUAUCUGUGCCACUGAAAGCCCACGAGAAAAAGAAGCUGACACGAUAUCAAAGACUGAGACAGGUGGAACUGCAGAGAGAAAAGAUGUCUUGGGCACGAGUCAAGAAACUGAAGUCUGACCAAGCGAACCAGAUGUUUUCAGAAAUGGAUUGGCAAUCACCCCGGUCAGCCACCUCCUCAUUCUCAACAUGUCCUGUGGCCACGACCCCCCAACCUGCAGCAACUCCAUCAAAAACAGCUCCCACAAGUCCCGCCACAUCAAGCCAACCUGCUACACCCAAGGCAGAAGUUCCCAAGGUGGAGACUCCUACAGAAAAAACAAUCAAAAAAGAACCCACAAAGACAGAAACCCCCACAUCUGCACCCGCUAAGGCAGAAACGUCCAAAUCUGCUCCCACUAAAACUGAACCCACUAAAGCUGAACCCACUAAACCUGAGGCCUCUAAAGCUGAACCUCCCAAAACUGAAACCCGUAGAGUUACAAGGCAAAGAACGGCUAAAGCUUCUGAUACGACCCCUGCUCCGGGGCCGGCCCCUAAAGUGACAAGAUCUGCAGGGAAGAGGAGCCUCCCAGCCCUACCUCCUCCCAUGCCCAAUGGACUGAAAGCCCAAAAAUCCAAGCUUGAAAUUGAGUACAAGCCAUACAGACCCCGGCCCAAGUAUUCUUUUGAUGACUUUGAAUUAGAUGAUGACCCGUUACCAGUAGCUCAGACCAAGACCAACCCCGCACUGAGGCUCUUACAACAAACACGACCCGGCCUUCAGUCAAACCCCUCAGCUCAAGCUAGACAUGCAGUUCAGUCGAGGCCCACAGUUUCAUCACAACCUGCCAACCAGGUAAAACUCAAAGCUCAAACCACGCCUGCUGCACAGAUCUCAGGUCAGUCAAAGCCCAGUGUUGCAGCUACAUCCCAGUUAAAACCUGCCGCUUCCACCAAUCCACAAUCAAAACCUGCUGCUUCCAGAACCCCCCUGUCAAAGGCCACAGCUGCAGCUACAGCAGAUUCAUCAAAAGCUGUUCCCUCCGCCAAAGCUCAGAUAAAGUCUCCUGUCACGACGACAACACAGUCGAAUGCAGUAUUAUCUGCCUCUACCCAGUUAAAGUCCACUGCUGGUGGAAGUGCAGCCCAGUUAAAGCCGUCAACCUCGACGACGACACAACCUGCUCUUCCGAUAACAUCUGAGACCAAACCUGAUGUUUCUAAGACUGAUGCUGCUUCGACGUCUCAGAAAACCUCAAAUCCACAAUCGUCGGAAGAUGGCAAAUGCAAAGAUACAGCUGCUUCAUUUUCAUCAACUUCCACCUCCUCCUCCUCUGAGGAGAGCCGGAAAGUGUCUGAUGGAGCACAGCGCAGUGAGCAGAAGCCUGAGGAGAAUAAGGCAGAAACAUCCAGGACGUCGGUGAAAACUUCGGAAGAACCUUGUCAAGACAGAGGAGCGAAGCAACAAGGUGGUGGGACUCCACUCUCUGAUGCCUGUCUGCAAAGAGAAGUCAAGAAACUGAAAGAGGCAGAUAAAGAUGGCACCCAGACUGUGAUUGAUGCCGGACAGAAGCAUUUUGGAGCAGUGGCCUGCAAUGUGUGUGGGAUGCUCUACUCGGCUUCCAACCCCGAGGAUGAAUCUCAGCAUUUACUCUUCCACAAUCAGUUCAUCAGCGCUGUCAAAUACGUGGGAUGGAAAAAAGAGAGGAUUCUGGGAGAGUAUCCUGAUGGCAAGAUCAUUCUCGUCCUGCCAGAUGAUCCCAAAUAUGCCUUGAAGAAGGUCGAGGAGAUCAGGGAGAUGGUGGACAAUGACCUCGGCUUCCAGCAGGUGGAGACCAAGUGCCCCUCUCAGAUCAAAACCUUCCUCUUUAUUUCCAAUGACAAGAAGGUGACUGGAUGCCUCAUAGCAGAGCACAUACAAGAGGGGUUCCGGGUGAUCGAGGAGCCCGUCCCGGAGGGUUCCGAGGGAGAGAAGGUGAUGUUUGAACGUCAGAGAGCUUGGUGUUGCUCCAUCACGCCAGAGCCGGCGAUCUGUGGCAUCAGCCGCAUCUGGGUGGUCAACAUGAUGAGACGCUUGGGGGUCGCUUCACGUUUGCUGGAGUGCCUGAGGAACAACUUCAUAUUCGGUUCCUACCUUAGCAAAGAUGAGAUCGCCUUCUCCGACCCCACUCCUGAUGGAAAACUAUUUGCCACAAAUUAUUUUGGCACUUCUCAGUUUUUGGUUUAUAACUUUGUGAGUGGACGAAACUCGGCCAAACCCAAAACUGACACAGUAUGACCGUCUCCAGGAAAGGUAACAAUGGAUUUAACAGAGGCGGCACAGUGUCAGACGCCAUCUUUAUUUGCAUAACGAUUUAAAAACACAAUAAAAACUGUAAAUUGCUCCUUGGAGAGCUACACAUUGGUUGAAAUCUCAGGAUGAAAACAACACGGUGUUGUUGAAAAAUGUUAUAAAUCCUCCCUUUAAUUCUCCCCCCCCCCCCCGCAUAGUAUUUUGAAAGAAGAGUAUUUUCUUUAUACAUUUUUAAGCAAACAAUUGGUUUUAUUAAAAAGAGUUUACAUGCAUGAUCUGACAGCAAUAGAAAACAAAAAGCAUUUCACCGUUUGCUUCCUUCUUCUUUCAUCCCCGAGGGACUUAAGAAGAAUCGCAUCGUUUGACUGCAUUCAAAUUAAAUGGUUGUUUUAGAUAAUUUUUCUUCAUUCUGUUAUGUCAUAUGUUUUUACACCUGGAGUAAUCUGUGCACAGAGGAUUUUGUUUUUAACGCUCAACACUUAAUGAUGCUGCCUUUGUCUCGAGUAUAAACAUCCAUACAUUUUAAAGGUCACAGAUGCAACACUUCCACGUGCGUCUCUUCACGUGCACACUCGUGAUUUCUUGUAACAUUUCAAACUAAUCAUCUAAAACUGGGUGAUUUUAAUCUUCGGGACUCAUUUCAACAAGCUGAUGGAAGAGUUGUGGGAUAGAACUGUAGCUUGGGCAUUAAAUAAACCUUGUGCUCCAAUUUUCUUGGAUCACUUCGCCUGAUCUGUUUCUGAGCUGAGCCAUAUACUGUACACACACAUUUAGCAGGGCAUUGUAGCCUGUACUGUAAGAGUGACGUUUUUUUAUUUCAUCGAGGCCGUCUAUCGCUUUGUUUGUGCCUGAAUGAAAAAACGUGUGACUUAACAAUUAUGAUUUAUCAAUUUCUGUCUUUUUUUUCUCUUUUUUUUUUGCCAUAUGUUCCUCUAAUCAGCAUUUGGUGUUUUAUUGAGUUAGUGUAGAAUAUCAUCCUCUUAUUCCUUAAUAAAAACAAAUAAAUACGUAUAUCAAAUUAUCAUGUAGAUUUAUGCAUACUCUAAUAAAAAAUAUAAUGGAAGAUGAUGCAAGAAUCAGGCUUAAAUGGUAUUUUAGUGCUGGUACAUGUCACCCAGGUUCAUGAUUGAGAACGUUUUGCUCAGUGACCGAUGCGAUGGGUUAAGAUGAAGGUCAGAUCACAGAUUAACAGUAUCAUUGUAAUACAUCCCUUUUUUUUUUUUCUUCUUGUUUAAGCAGUUACUUUUUAGACAGACGUGUCGUGUAAAAGAAACAGAAAUUUGAUUUAUACGAAGCUGUUAUGUAAAUAUUUAUUUAAAUAAUAAACUGUUUAAAAUGUU